GUACAAUCAAACACAUUUGUUAUUGAUCAAAGUAUGGGCUCAUCAUCAUUACAAUCAAUGAUGUUUAGACCACAACCUGUUAAUAUGUUUAAGUAUUCAAUGUUGUUACCAAAGGCCAAAGGCUCAAGAGGUGGAGAUGAACAAGUGGCAACACCAGAGCCCAAGGUGGUAAAGUCAAGCAUAGCCGACACCAAGUCACCAGAGAUCAUCAGUCUGGGCAACAACUCAUUCGUUCAAUCGGCCGUCUACGCAUACAACCAGCACAUGCAUCUUGUUGUGCGACCAGACGAUGUGUGGCUGGCACUCAUCACUCAGUUCUCAUUCUACGUCAACGCGCACUCGGACAAGCUACGCGACAAGUUCGUGGCAUUCGACGACAAAAAGGAGUUGGAGAUCGUGGCCAACGGCACACUGUUCAACGCGCCCUACGAAGAGAUGGCGAUUCUGAUGACCAAGCAGAUCGCCGACAACAUCAAGGACCCGUCGGUGCGAGAAUGGGUCAUGCCCGACUUCACAACCACCACGUACAACGACCGCGUCGUCGGUUCAUUCGCUCUCAUGUCCACACUCAAGAACUACUUUGACUACAAGUUCUCGCUUCGCUGUGGCCUGCCCAAGGUGACAGUGAUGGGCUCGGCCGCCGACUGGGCACAAGUGCGCCAGCGCGCCGAGCGCUUCGUUGAGUUUGAGGCGGGUGGUGGAUACAUGCGCAAGUGGGUCGACCUGCUUCUGCCCGUCCUCGAUCAGAUGGCGCGCUCCGCCGGCGAGGGCGCCACACCCGACACAGCCUGGUGGAACCGUAUCGCCUCUUAUGUUGGCGGUGGCUCCGGACCGACCUGGGUGUCGGGCUGGAUCUCCGUAUUCAUGGUAUUCAGUGCCGAGGGCAAGUGGAUGGGUGACACCAAGAAGAUCAAGACCGUACGCACUGAUCUCGAAUCGGAAUGGCCACUGAUUGACACCAAUGACAUACCACGUGGCUUCAUCUCAUGUCCACUAAAGAUCGAUGACAAUGGAACAAUCUACAACACCGACAUCUAUGCUGGACAUAUUGUUGCCAAGCUUGUCGAUCACAAAUUAGAGCCACAACUUGAUUGGUGUAUAUUAUUGAAG